AUGGUCUACUGUGGUCGACCAUCAGGCUCCUGUGAUGCCUGCCGCAGGAAAAGGGGAAAGUGUGAUCAAAAACGACCAGGAUGUAACCAGUGCUCCAGGAAGCGAAUCCCGUGCCCGGGAUAUCGGGAUAUGUCUAGUCAGAUAUUCAGAGACUUGACGCAGGCGACUGUGCGAAAAUACCAUGCUAAGAGGUCUUCAACAGUGGUUACAUCAAAAUCACAAAAAAGGUCUCCGAAAAUAGCCAAGGCGAACCCAUCCCAAUCUUUGGAGGAUGUUGCCCUGAACUUUUUCAUAAGAGUGUAUGCGCCAUCAAGUCCCUCAUCCUGGCUCGUGCACUUGGAAAGCGUCCUAUCUGGAUACAAUGUCAAUAAUCAAUCAUCACUGUCCGCAGUGCUUGCACCUGCAAUCGCAAUCUUCCUACAUGAGCAGAAGCAAGCAUCCCUUAUGAAUCUCGCGCGAAAGCACUACCUAGCCGCUAUUGCAGAAAUGAGUCUGUCCCUAACAUCCAUCCAGCACGCUGUCAAGGAUAGCACACUCAUGUCAAUCAAUCUCCUCACUCUGUUUGAGGCCAGAGCCUUUCAAGGCCGUUCCUCCCCCACAGACUGGACAACACAUAUUGAAGGCGCCGUAGAAUUGAUUCGACUCCGUGGCCAGGACCAAUUCAACUCCGUCCUUGGACAGGCUCUUUUCCUUGAUACGGUCAAUAAUAUCCGCACCUCGUGCGCACAACGUCGCAUCGCUCUGCCUGCACCUAUCGUGGACCUGUUGCAAACGCUCUUGCAGGCGGAUUCUCCGCCGUUGAGUUACGGUCUACUAGAAAUCGGCGUUGGUAAUGUCGUUGACAACAUAAUCGAGCUUGUGGCCGGGAUGCAACCCGGCGCAGUCUAUCACAACGAUUACACAGCUGUAAUCCGCAAGGGACUUGACUUGGAUUCUCAAGUUUCUGAAUUGAGUCGGCAGCUUUGGAGGAUUCAGUCGUAUCGGGUUCUUCCGACUGAUACUUCAGAGAUGUGGAGAUAUAACGGCCUGGCACAUGAUUAUGAUAAUCCGCAGAGUGCUCGGUUGUGGAAUUUGUUGCGCAUGUUGCGAUUGUAUUUGAAUAAGUGGAUUUGUCGUGCGUAUAACAAAGCGAUCUUCAAUCACCAACAGCAACGGGAAAAAGAAGGAGAGCCGUCAGAUAUUGACCUAGUAUUGCAUCGCAUUCCCGAAACUACAGUCGCCAAUACAGUCCUCAUGGCAGUGGAUAUACUCAGCAGUGUCCCUUACUUUUGCAACCUGAUCUCAUCCCUUGAAUCUUUUUCCUCCUCUUCCUCGUCAUCAACCGUCAGAUGGCUCAUCUGGCCCUUGUCCGUGGUGGCUGUAUCGCCAUUGAGUCCCAUUUCCAUGCAGAUCCAUGCCCGAAAUUGUCUUCGCAAGUUGGGUGAAGAAAUGGGGUUCGUGCAGGCGGUUGAAAUUAUUAAUAUGUUGGAUAACUCGGAGACGCUGGAGGACUGGCUACAUUUAUAUCACUUGUCUUGA